CGCACUUCCUGUACACACUAGUUAAACAGAUAAGAAUUGAUGAAUUUCGAAGUACAAAUAGUGCUACCAUACAGACCCCUUCAACAAUCGACUUACCUAUUUGCAUAUGAUGUAGAUAGUUCUUCCAACAACUUGUUAUUUAGUGGUUUGAUAAGAUAGAGAACUACCAUGAGCAGCAUAAUCUAUAGUAUGUACCCGCUCGUUGCAGAACGUGAAUGUCAGACCUUACAAGCCGCUGGAAUAACUACGCCUUUACAUCUAUCGUAUGAGAUUUUUAAAGGAAUAACAAAUGUAAGAUCUGCAUAUCAACCAGAUUCCCUUAAAACUGGAGAAACGACUGUUGAUUUCGAUGACGUUCGAAAUCGCAUAGCGUAUUUGUAUAUGUAUGCCAUGGCUCACACUGAAAUAGUUGAAAAUUUCUUUAAUUCCUUUUACAGUAAUUCAAUAUUCUUCAACGACUGGCUUCGCAACUGCAAUGAAACUUUGAAAAUUUGUUCGAUAGGAGGAGGUCCAGGGAGUGAAAUAGCAGGACUGAUUUUAGGUUUAAAGGACACCCUCUUUAGGACAACGGUUCACGCUACGAUUAUAGACAGAUGCGAAGGUUGGAAAAAUUUGUUUGAAUAUUUGUUAAGUUUGUUAGAGACUUAUAAACUUGUACAAAAAAUUGAGCGAUUGCGAUUAAUAUGUGAAAAUAUGUUUCAACAUCACUGGAACGAAGAAGUUAUCGAAGAAAUUAGCAAGGCGAAUAUUAUUACAAUGAUGAAAUUUAUUUCCGCAAUAGUUUGGAAUGAAAAAUUGUGCAGGCGUGCAUUGAGACAAAUUUUCAAAACAAUGAAACCAGGAUCACUUCUAUUAUUCAUUGAAAAUGCUGGUGGAAGAAGUUACCAGGUAAUGGACCAAGAAGCUUCAAAGUAUGGGUUGCUUCAGGUAAUAGAACCAAUUCUACACUACCAAUACAAAAGUAGUAAUUUAUACUUAACAAGUUUUUUUCUUCUUUUGAAGAAGCAUAUGAACAUGAAUCCUCUGAAAACGACAAAGCUUUCCAUUGCUGUUUGGCAAAAAAAACCUCUUAAUUACAGCCUUCAGGACAUGCAAAUCGAUAUAAGGCACUAUCAGUUAGCAAAUUUGCAAUUAUCUUUCUUAGGUAACAUAAUGACCUUUGAGGAUACAGAGGAAGAAAUAAGUAAAAGGAAAACCAGAAAAUGUUCUAGUAUGAUACCAAACUAUGAAUAUGAAUAUGGCAGAAACUUCCAGCCAAGCAGGCCACAAACUGCAAGUCUCGCACCAGCCCAGUCAACAAGUAUUCCAACUGCCCACUAUUCACAUUCUGUGAAUACCAUAUCCUCUUUACCAAGGAGACCACAAACAGCAAAUCUUGCACCAACCCAGUCAACAAAUAUUCGAACUACCCACCAUUCAAGAUUACUGAGUUAUUGCACAAUUAUUUGAUUUACUUUAUGAAAUAUGUUUCUCAUAUUAAUUCUUAAAAUAAUCAAAUAAUUGUUUGUUUUUCAAGCACUACAAAUAAUUGAGCUGUAAAAUUAGCAUUAACAUAACUGAUUUUAUUUUAUAUCU